AUGUCGGAUUCCGAUGGCGGAUCACCUGUGCCUGAAAACGUCCACGAUGCGGGCGAUGUAGAUCGACCUGGCUCAGAAGAGCGAGAUACUCCUCCGCCUCCAGCUGCGAAUCCUGACCUCGAUAUGGAUGAUGCAGACAAUGACAAAGAAGAUGAUCUGUCCGAUAACGAGUCUGAACUCUCUGAAGUCGACGAAGCUGAAUUCGCAGAAUUCGACCCUACAACUGUCGCCUUGGAGGAUCGUCCAACAGUCGGCAUCGAUGAGGAUAUUGCUCGCACACUGAAGGCAGGAAAGCGGAAGCGUACAGACAAGGACAACAAGCCCAAGGAGGGUAAACGCGAGAAGAAGAAACGAGCACGUCGUGAUGACGAUGAAGACCCAGAUGGAGAAGUGCUUGAUGGAAAGAGGGCAAAGAAGUCCAAGAGCUCGAGAAGUGACGGAGGAGAGAGGAAGGACCGCGAGAAGGCCAGGGAGAGAAAGGAGAAGACGCCCGAGAACGAGGACAAUCUCACAGCAGAGGAGAAGAGACGUCGAGCCCUUGAUAGGGCGAUGGAUGCUGCUCUGAAGAAUCCAAACAAGAGAAGACGCAAGAAGGAUGAAGUGGAUCUCGAAGAAGCUUUCGAUGAUGAAAUUGCUGCUCUCAAGAUUCGAAUGGAGCAAGCAUGUGAGGCAGACAAUACAGCUCGCGAGCGAGGUCAACCAGCUAUCCACAAGCUCAAGAUGUUACCCGAAGUCGUUGCUCUCCUCAACCGAAACACCGUUCAACAUUCCAUCGUCGAUCCUGACACGAACUUCCUUCAAUCCGUCAAGUUCUUCCUCGAACCCCUCAACGAUGGCAGUCUUCCUGCGUACAACAUCCAGAGAGAUCUGUUUGCUGCCCUUGUAAAGCUGCCAAUUGAGAAGGAAGCUUUACUUAGCAGUGGUAUUGGCAAGGUGGUUUUGUACUACACCAAGAGCAAGAAGCCAGAAAUUGGUAUCAAGAGAAUUGCCGAGAAAUUACUGGGAGAAUGGUCGAGGCCCAUUCUGAAGCGCAGCGAUGACUACAAGAAGCGUAGGGUCAUGACGAAGGAGUUUGAUCACCAAGCUGCUCAACUUGCCAUUCGACCUGGCGCCACUCAGUCUUCUCAGCUUGCCUCUUCCCAGCGCGCACCUAUGUCACAGCGAGACAUUGACAGGGAGCGCAUCCUUGCACAACCCAUUCGAAGCAACAGAGCAAGAAUGGAGACAGCAAACACCAGUUAUACUGUGGCCCCAAAGAGUACAUUCGACCCAACCAAAGGAUUAGAUCCUGCUAUGAGACCUAUUGGAGCUGGUGGUAUGGAGGCAUUCAGAAAAAUGACCGCAAAACAAGGGAAGAAGCGAUCUUAA